AUGUCUUCUUCUCCUGUUGUUGUUAUCGGUACCGGUUUGGCCGGAUUGGCCACUGCCAACGAAUUGGUUAAUAAAUAUAAUAUUCCUGUAACUAUCCUCGAAAAGGCAUCUUCCAUUGGUGGUAACUCCAUCAAGGCCUCCAGUGGUAUCAAUGGUGCCUCCACUGAGACCCAACGCCACUUCCACAUCGAGGACUCGCCACGUUUGUUCGAGGAUGACACCGUCAAGUCUGCUAAGGGUAAAGGUGUCCAAGCAUUAAUGGGCAAGCUGGCUACCGACUCUCCCUUAGCCAUUGAGUGGCUGAAAAAUGAAUUCGACUUGAAGUUGGAUCUAUUGUCCCAACUGGGUGGUCAUUCCGUGGCAAGAACCCACAGAUCAUCAGGAAAGUUGCCUCCAGGUUUCGAAAUAGUUUCUGCUUUGUCCAACAAUCUUAAAAAAUUGGCCGAAACUAAGCCUGAAUUAGUCAAGAUUCAUCUAGAUAGUAAAGUGGUCGACAUCCAAGAAAAGGACAACUCCGUUUCCGCUAUAGUUUACGAAAACAAAGAUGGUGAAGAGCACUUGAUAACCGCUUCCAACGUUGUUUUCUGUUCCGGAGGAUUUGGGUUUUCCAAGGAAAUGCUUAAGCAAUAUGCGCCUGAUUUGGUGGACCUGCCAACAACAAAUGGCCAACAAACUACCGGGGACGGUCAAAGGCUCUUACAGAAACUCGGUGCUGACAUGAUUGAUAUGAACCAAAUUCAAGUUCACCCCACCGGGUUCAUUGAUCCAAGUGAUCGUAACUCCAGCUGGAAAUUUUUAGCUGCGGAAGCCCUCAGAGGUCUCGGUGGUAUUCUAUUAAACCCUGCCACCGGGAAAAGAUUUGUUAACGAAUUGAAUACAAGAGACGUCGUCACUGAAGCUGUUCAAAAGCAAUGUCCUCAGGACGAUAAUAGGGCCCUUUUGGUCAUGGGUGAAAAUAUGUACAAGGAUUUGAAAAAUAAUCUGGACUUUUACAUGUUCAAAAAGCUUGUACAGAAAUUGACACUAUCCCAGGUGGUUUCUGAAUACAAACUUCCAAUUACUGCCGCACAACUGUCCCAAGAAUUACAAGCAUACUCUUCUUUCGCCACUAAGGCUGAUCCAUUCGGACGUACCGUGAUUCUCAAUGAAUUUGGUACCGACGUGACCCCAGAAACCACGGUUUUCAUUGGUGAAGUGACACCAGUGGUCCAUUUCACCAUGGGUGGUGCUAAGAUCGACGUCAAGGCUCAAGUCAUUGGUAAAAACGACGAACCGCUACUGAAGGGUCUAUACGCCGCUGGUGAAGUUUCUGGUGGUGUCCACGGUGCCAAUAGACUAGGUGGUUCAAGUUUGUUGGAAUGUGUGGUCUUUGGUAGAAUCGCUGCAGAAUCCAUUGCUAAUGACCGUUAA